AUGGAAUAUGAACCGAAACGAAGCAUCUUACUUCCAAGCAAAGCAGAACAAGGCAAUAACGACAACGUGCAGAUAGUAGAAAGCGAGUUUCCCAGCAGAGGCGAGAGAGGGCGGACCAGAGAGAAAAGAUCAACUGCAGGAGGUGUAUAUUCGCGGUCCGGAUCUGGUAACACGUCUAGGGGUAGCUCUAGAGCCAGCUCGAGAAUAAAAGUCGAAUCUGAUGCACAUUUGAAAUGGACGUUACUCAGACGCGAUCCUUCGGAAAGGCUUCAAGGCGACGACGACGAUAAAAGUCAAGAAGAGGGCGAAGAGGCAAGUGACGAGGAACUGGUUAGCGACGUCGAAAACGACGCAGAUAUCGACGAGACCCUGGACUACGACCUGGGCUCGAGAGUGCUUCCCAACUAUACGGUCAACCUUUUCAGUCUGGUCUCGUCGCGUCCCGCCUGGUUAGCGGCCUACAACAAGGAGCAAGCGCCGGACAAGCACGAAGUCCGUGUCGACGACAUGGGGAGCGGAUAUCUAAGAGCGGCGGACAUUUUCCAUUCGCAAAAGAGCGACGACACCGAAGACAGCAGCAAACGUGACUCAGGAUCGAGAUAUAUCGCAUUUGUGGAUUUGACAACGGAAUCGAUGUACUCCGUCGGUUAUGUCGUGGGAUCUGUUCUGAGUUCCAACGACACCCUCUACGUUUUGCAUCAUUCCGGAACCGGCACAGCGGACCAAUUGCGCGCCAAUGUAGGGCAGCUUAGAGCUAAUGUAGCCUUUGCGCUCGAUGCAGCAGCGGCAUCGCUCGAGAACAUCAAAGUGGUAAUACUCUCAGUGACGCACCCUUACUCAAAACACUUGCUUAAUGAGCUUAUACUCGCAAUAGAACCCAUCUCUCUAUGUGUGCCGCUCUCCCUGGUUCUCUCAAAACUACAGUCUUACGUGUGCCCAGUACCGACUCUUGUCAUACGGCGUAAAUUGCGUCGCUCCAAAAGAAGAGGUAUCACAGAUUAG